GAGGCAGCAUGAAAGUCAGGACAUUUCAAAAAACAAGUUCAUAUUCAAGAAAGUGUAUACCUCACAUUUUGAGGAUCCAAUUGGCUUGAAGGCUUUCACCAUUGUAUUAAUGUCAGGGAUGACGAUUUUAAUAAAGGAUUUCAGCAUCAAAUCAGUUGCCAAUUUCUUUCACAGUACAAACAAAACUAGAAAGGAAUCUCAAUUAGUACUUGAA